AUGGUGUUCUUGGAGAUUGAAAGGAAUGCUGAGGUGGCUAUCCCUUUUAGUGUUAUCAAUUCCGGAGCUCACACUCAAGAUGAUAUUAUAUUCCUUGACCUCCAUCAUAAAAGUACUUCUGAAAAAACGUCCAAGGAAAACGGGUAUUGUGUUGCAGUCACCGGUAUAAGCCCAAUUUCUACAAUGCACAUUGAUCAUGUUUCAUAUCAAGUCUUGUUACCAAUAAACUUUAGUUACACUACUAUGAAGCCUUGCAAGGGUGAGAUCUUAAUUGGCACAAUAACUGAGAUUAAGCAAAAUGGCAUUAUUCUCAAAUCUGGGCCAAUGAAGAACAUUUUUCUCUCCAAAAUAAGGAUGGAAGAUUACGAAUUCAGACCGUUUAAUGAGCCAAUGUUCUUAAAAGUAAAUGGACUUUCAUACAUGAAGAAAGGAACUAAGGUGAGGUUCAGAGUUCUCAGCGUUAUAUGGAUUCAAAGUGAAGAAGAGUUUAAUAUUGGGGCAACUAUUUUAGGUGAUUAUAUUGGACCUAUUUGA